CUCUGCCAAUGUUGUGUACACACUGCUCCGUGAUAUAACCUAAGCUAGUGGAAGUUGGAAUUAAUAAAACAUUUAAUUUCAUGAAUAAACUAUUAAAUAUAGCCCAGGCUGGGCCGCGGCAAUUUGUACGAGAAUAUGCCUUUAAAUCGGAUCUGAAAAUCAAAUGGGUGCGACCCGAAAAAAUAUCCUGCAUUAAGCCCGAAAAGAGCGGUGAUCUUUCCAAGCUGCCUCCACUGAAUGCCGAUGAGACUUUACCGGAAUUUAGAGGUUGCAAGGAACUAGAGGGAGCUUCUGAAACUGUGAAAUCCAUGUUCAAACUAGCCAACAAUCCCAAUUAUUUGACCACACAUUUUUACCGGGAUGAGAUGGUCAAGGAGGUGCAAAGACAUGCUCAGGACUUCGGAUCCAUGGAGGCCAAAUUGGCCAAAAUGACUGCUACAAUUCGUCGCUAUCAGGAACACAUGGAUGUGCAUCCACGAGACAAGAUAAUCAAAGUGCGCCUUAAGGAACUUAUCGAUAAGCGCAAGAAGUUUCUUAAAUAUCUAAGACGCUGGGAUUAUCCACGUUUCGAGUGGAUCCUAGAGAAAUUGGAUUUGGUCUAUAAGCCACCGCCUGCACAUUUCCAUUGGAUUACCCGCAAGGAGUCCUUGCAAAAACUGACGGAUACCUAUUGCAAUCAAUUGAAAGAGGAUCGUAUGGAUGCCUAUCACGACGAACUGAAGGCACAACAAAUUCCCUUUAUCGAGGAGGCCAUCAAAAAAAUGGAGUUGGUGCGUAAGGAGCAAAUUGCUUGCGAGGUGCCAGUAACAGUUACCGUAAAGCAAAUCAAUGAUGCCAAAAAGGAACUGGAGCAACUCCUUAAGCUGAGAGAUGAAGCCGACAAGGCAGCCAUUCGACAGAAAAACGAUGAAAGUUACAAUUAACAAAAGAAUACAUAAAACAGUUUGGCAAAAAUUGCUUAAAUUAA